AUGGAAUAUCCUUUAUAUAUUAGCUUUUUAUUUCUGGUUUUCUUGGAAUUUUUCUGCUCAUCUCAAGCUUAUACAUUCCAUGCUGGUGGCAAAAAUGGUUGGAUUUUAAAGCCUUCUGAAUCAUAUAACCAUUGGGCUGAACGAAAUCGCUUUCAAGUCAAUGAUACUAUUGUUUUCAAGUACAAGAAAGGCCAUGAUUCAGUUCUUAUAGUUCACAAAGAUGAUUACAUCAAAUGCAAAAAGGACAAGCCAAUUCAUGCUCUCAAAAAUGGUCAUUCCAAAUUCAAGUUUCCAAAAUCAGGUCCAUUCUAUUUCAUAAGUGGACAUGCUAAUAAUUGCAAAAAUAGCCAGAAACUAAUCGUUGUUGUGUUAUCUCCCAAUCACAAUAAGACAUCUGUCGAAACGCCGUCAACUUCACCAGCACCAGCUCCUACAAAAUCAGCUGCAGCUAGUAUUAUUGGUGGUUCAAGUGGUUUGGUUUGGGAUCCUGGUGUGACUGCACUUGCGGAGCCUUGGGCGCAGGUGCGGCGCCGCAUACACGGUAUUUGCAGCGUAGGAGUGAAAGUCUUGGCCUGGGAGCAGAAUCCGCAUGUGCGGAAGUUGGGGAGCUGA